GCCUGAAUGCAGUGAAAAAAACAAACAGGCCCAAGGGAGAACUGUUGUACGUAUUGCACGAAAGCAUACACACAACCACGGGAAAAUGGGUGUUCCUCUUCCCAGAGGUUUAAGAUGUCAGGGCAGUGCACAUUAUUGUCCUGAUUCCCUGGGGUGGAUGAAUCCAAGGAGGAGGAGAAAGCGGAAGGAGCCACUUGAAGAGGAAAGUGAAGUUUUUGAAGAGUCUAGGUUGAGUGUGAGCCAAGCGAGGGGAAUUCACAAGAAGAAGGGGAAUGGGGUUCCCAGACUUGUGGCUGAUCAUUGUCUUUGCGAUGAUAAAAUCCUCCUCUGCAGUUGCUGACCUGAGAGAUUGUGAGGCAGCAGGCAGCAAGUGCCAUUCACAAGCGGAAUGUCUAAAAGUCCAAAACAAUUUCACCUGUGUGUGCGGCAUGGGCUACCAGGGCGAUGGUCUUCAGUGCAGUGACAUUGACGAAUGCCUCAGCGGCCUGCACAGUUGUCAUUCCAAGGCCCGCUGCAACAACACCAUCGGCAGCUACACAUGCUUUUGUCUCAGCGGAUUCAUCGGCGACGGGAGCGACUGCUUGGAUAUUGACGAGUGUCAGAAAGAAAACGGAGGCUGCCACGCCGACGCCCUCUGCAGCAACGUGGAGGGCGGACGAAAAUGCCGAUGUAAAGUCGGUUUCGAGGGAAACGGCCUCGAGUGCGCCGAUAAAAACGAAUGCGCCAACCCAAAUAUUUGCCAUUGGAAUGCAACCUGCACCAACAAAGCCGGAUCUUAUGUGUGCACGUGUAAUCCCGGCUAUAAGGGCAACGGGAACUACCUGUGUCUCGAUAUCGACGAAUGUUCAGAGACUCCGCAGGUGUGCUCGUCCUUGUUUGGUCACAAAGGCUGCAAAAAUCUACCCGGUAGCUAUCGCUGCACUUGCGGCAACGGCUUUGAAAGUAACGGCCGGAGCUGUGUGGACAUCGAUGAAUGCCAAAGCAACAUCUGUAGUCUAUUCGCAGACUGCGUUAACACGAUCGGGUCGUACAAAUGUAACUGCGACCCGGGUUUUGCCGGCAAUGGCCUGACGUGCGUCGAUAUCAACGAAUGCAAUGAGAACAACGACUGCGAUCCCAAUUCCGUAUGUAUUAACAGACUUGGGAGUUAUGAGUGCUCCUGUUUGGAGGGGUUUAAAGGAGAUGGCAGAUUGUGUGAGGAUAUCAACGAGUGCGCAACACCAAACAUCUGCCCUUCGACCACGACCUGCGUCGACACGGAUGGGUCGUAUUUCUGCGACUGCGGCAGAGGUUUCAUCUUUAAUAACUCCGAGUGCCGUGACCUGGAUGAAUGCGCGGCAGGUUUUUGCAGCCCCUACUCUAUCUGCACUAAUGUCGCCGGUUCCUUCACGUGCCAGUGCGCGGCAGGUUACAGAGGAGAUGGUUUCACAUGCGUGGACGUGGAUGAAUGUUCCAUUUCGACUCAGUGCCACUCCGACGCUCUUUGCACUAACCUGCCCGGUCUUUAUAACUGCACCUGUCGAGUGGGUUACUCUGGAGACGGUGUGAUCAGGUGCAGUGACGUCAACGAGUGUCUGGUGGAUAAUGGAGGUUGUAGGAAUAAGGCGACAUGUGUGAACAACCUCGGCUCUUUCACCUGCCUGUGCCAGACUGGAUUUGUUUUGGUUAACAAGACUCUUUGCCAGGAUGUAAAUGAAUGUGAGACACAGGGAAAUCCAUGUGGUGUCAAUGAAGAAUGCAAGAACAUUGAUGGUUCGUAUGAAUGCCCCUGCCAGAUUGGAUAUUACCGCCCCGCCGCCAGCAUGGACUGUGUCGAUAUUGACGAGUGUAGGGAGAAUCCUUGCCAUGUUAACGCCACGUGCCUCAACACCAUGGGCUCCCACACUUGCACCUGUAACCGAGGCUUCGCAGUCAAUGGCGCUCAAUGCGACGACAUUGACGAAUGCUCUGCGUUGGAUACGUGCCAUCCACGGGCACUAUGCACCAACUUUAUUGGGGACUUCUUCUGCUCGUGCCAGCAAGGGUUCAAAGGUGAUGGCUUCUCCUGCGAAGAUGUGGACGAGUGUAUACUCUUGGAUAACAUUUGUCCAGAUUUCUCAAAGUGCAUCAACUCCCCCGGGGCAUAUGUUUGCUCAUGUAUGAAUGGUACGGUGGCCCUGAAUGACACUUGUGUGCCACCCACUCCACUUUGCGACCCAGGGUGCCACAUUAAUGGACUGUGCCACAACUCACCUGCUGGACACCAAUGCGUGUGCGACCUGGGAUACAUUGGCGAUGGACUGGCUUGCUUUGAUAUAGACGAGUGCCAAAGGGACAACAUUUGUCCUGAAAAUGACACAGAUUGUUUUAACGUCCCUGGUUCAUAUUCCUGCGAUUGCAAGCAAGGCUACAUUCUCAGUGGACCUCAAUGCACCGACGUCAAUGAGUGUGAAACAGGACAACACGAGUGCAGUGACUUUUCACAGUGUGUCAACACAGUGGGAAGUCAUGCCUGCUUCUGUCUCAGUGGCUUCACGGGCGAUGGAAAGAACUGCUCCGACUUUGAUGAAUGCCAAGUCCAAAAUGGAGGAUGCCAUAACGUUGCCAGCUGCAUAAACACACCCGGCUCGUUCACCUGCGACUGCCCUGUCGGCACGGAGGGUGACGGCUAUCGGUGCCGAGAUGUAAACGAAUGCGAGCUGAAUUCCACCCUACCGCACAACUGCAGUGGCCGGGCUUUGUGCCUCAACACAUACGGAGCCUACGACUGCCAGUGCAGGGAUGGAUACCUGGGCGACGGCUUUGAUUGUGAAGACAUAGAUGAAUGUCAAGAGAACACCACUUGUAGCACAAAUAUGUCAUGCAGCAACACCAUUGGUUCCUAUUCCUGUUUGUGUAUUUUUGGUCUGGUGUACGACAAGGGCACGUGUGUGAAUGAAGACACCUGCCUGAACGCAAGCUUCGUCUGCCAUCCCCUCGCUGAGUGCCACCAAUAUCAGGGCUCCUUCUACUGUCAUUGCAAAGACGGUUAUCAAGGCGACGGCCGGGAAUGCUCCGAUGUGGAUGAAUGCGACCGAUUCCAAGUUCCAGUAUGCCCUGCUUUCUCAUCCUGUUUCAAUACCAAUGGCUCCUACAUCUGUGAAUGUUGGGAAGGUUUUCUCGACAAUGGGACACACUGUCGUGAUAUCGACGAAUGUGCAACGGGAAACUUCACCUGCCCGGAUAACAGCACUUGCAGCAAUGUCAACGGCGGCUACAAAUGUCAUUGCGAUUCGGGCUUCUUGAGCAACGGAUCCAGAUGUUUGGAUAUAGAUGAAUGCUCUCUGGGCUUAAUUCGCUGUCCUAAUUCCUCCAGCUGCCUGAAUUCAGUGGGAUCUUUCUUCUGUGAGUGUUGGCAAGGUUACCAAAGCAACAAUAGUGACUGUGAGGAUAUUAAUGAGUGCCAGAACAAAUCCACCUGCCCGGAAUAUAGCACAUGUAUCAACACUAAUGGCAGCUUCCAAUGUAUAUGCCAUGCUGGAUUUUCCUACGUCAACGACAUAUGCGUGGACGUCAAUGAGUGCAAUGAAACGAAUAUUGAGGACAUUUGCAACCAUGGGCUAUGCAUUAAUGCAAUUGGAUCUUAUUACUGUGAAUGCAUUAGUGGAUUUUUCAGUAAUGGAACAAGAUGUGUGGAUGAAAAUGAAUGUUUAGACUCUCAUAACGCAACGGUGUGUCCACCUCAGUCGACAUGUGUCAACACCCCCGGUUCUUAUCGUUGUCCUUGCAACGAGGGCUUUGUUCUCAACGGCACCAAGUGUCGGGAUAUAGAUGAAUGUCAAGGCCCAAUUGUGAGCCUCUGCCCCGAGCACUCGUUUUGUAAUAACACAGGGGGAUCCUUCAUCUGCGAGUGUUAUCCUGGCUACUCUCCAUCUCUGUUGGGUUGCGAAGAUAUCGACGAAUGCAAAUACAACACCUCCUGUCGCCUCGAUCAGGUCUGCACCAAUAUUCCCGGAUGGUACGACUGCGCUUGUCCUUUGGGAUACCACGAGGAAGGGAACGCGUGCGUCGAUACCGACGAAUGCGACGAUUUACCUUGCCAUCCCUUGGCACGGUGCUGGAACAGGCCCGGUUCUUUUUCGUGCCAUUGCCCUCUGGGCUUUGCAGGAAAUGGCUCAUGGUGCGAAGAUGUGAACGAGUGUGUCGCAUUGAGCGAUCCGUGCCAACCUGUUGCUCGCUGCCACAACACUCCAGGAUCAUUUCUAUGUUCAUGCAGACAUGGCUUUGUGAGUAUUGGAGACCGAUGUGUCGACCUUGAUGAAUGCCAACAGGCCAAUGGGCAGUGUCACUCUGCUGCCACCUGCUCCAAUCAUGUCGGAGGUUUUCAAUGUACCUGCAGUCCGGGCUGGAAUGCAACCCGAGACAGAGGUCGUGGAAAAGGAGGAUGUGUGGACUUUAAUGAAUGUGUGUCACCCGUGACAUGUCCUGGGCAAACUUCUUGUACAAAUCUGCCAGGGUCUUACACAUGUUCCUGUCCAGAAGAAAAUUUCCUCUGCAACAUGAUUCAGAAUGGUUGGCAAUAUAUUUAUGAUUAUUCAUUUAGUUUUUGUUUUUGCACUGAUCAACACUUUGAACUUCACCAACAGAGAGCAACCUGUACCCGUUUGGAGCCGAAGUUGGUGAUGGAAGAAUACACACGGAAACACAAGAUGUCAAUUCUCCAUACAUCAAACCGCCAAUAG